UCAAACCUCGUUCCUUUUUCUUCUCUGUCUGACAGGGAAAAUGAAAAUAGAGAGGCAGCAAGGGAAAGCAGAAAAGGGUAUAGAGAAAAUUGCAUGACUGCUUGAAUAUGCAAUCAGUUCAGCAGCUAUGAAACUGAGCAGCCGCGUCUGAGCAGAGGAGAGUGAGUGUUUUUAGAGUGGAUGUGAGCUUUGGAGUGAGAGACAGGCAAAAAAGGGACAUAGAAAAGAAAAUUAGGAAAAAGAGAGAGCAAGUGUGCAGCUAUGAGGCGUUCCGUCAUCCACCAAACUCCUGCAGCUUCUCUUUUUCCCUCCUCCUCCUCCUCUUCCUCCUCCUCUUGCUGAAGAGAGAGAGCAACUGAGAGAGUCACGCUUGCAAGCCGGAGAAGAGACGUCAAGAGGAGGAUCUACGUAGGGGGGGAAAAAAUCCCACUCUCUCUUCUGCUGCCUCUCUCCAUUGCAUCCUACAGGCAGCAAGGAGCAAAGUGGAGUGAGGAGGAUCCGGCUAGCUUUUUUUUUUCUUUCUGAGCUCUUUCCUGCAAUUUCUGUGGCUGCAUCACAGUGCGCGGAACGCAGGGAGAGCAGCCGAGCUCUCGAUCUGUGACAUCGCUCCGCAACAGAAGAAGAGUACCGUAGAGAAGCCAGGAUGCUUAACAACCUGACCGACACAGAGGAGGGGGACGGGGGCGUGCAGAGCCAGGGCGACAGUAACCCCAAGGAGAGCAGCCCCUUCAUCAACAGCAGUGAUGCCGCUGCAGAAAAGAGCCAACAAUACGAUGGAAAGAACAUGGCCUUGUUUGAGGAGGAGAUGGACACCAGUCCCAUGGUCUCGUCUCUUCUCAGCAGCCUGGCCAACUACUCCAAUCUGCCUCAAGGUAGCAAGGAACACGAGGAGGCAGAGAACAAUGAGGCUGAGUCAGCACGCAAGAAACCAGUCAAGGCGCCCCAGCUCGGCACACUGAUGGGCGUGUACAUGCCAUGCAUCCAGAACAUCUUCGGCGUGAUCCUUUUCCUCAGGAUGACCUGGCUGGUGGGAAUCGGAGGCGUCAUUGGGACCUUCAUCAUCGUUUUCAUGUGCUGCUCCACAACCAUGCUGACUGCCAUCUCGAUGAGUGCCAUCGCUACCAAUGGAGUGGUGCCAGCCGGAGGCUCCUACUACAUGAUAUCCCGCUCACUGGGCCCUGAGUUUGGAGGAGCCGUGGGGAUUUGUUUCUACCUGGGAACCACCUAUGCUGGAGCCAUGUACAUCUUAGGAGCCAUCGAGCUCCUCCUGAUCUACAUAGUGCCCAAAGCUGCCAUCUUUCCACUCGAGGGUCUGGAGGGUCCUGAGGCGGAGGCUGCCCUGCUUAACAACAUGCGUGUGUAUGGGACCAUCCUGCUGACCUCUAUGUCCACCGUCGUCUUUGUUGGUGUGAAGUACGUCAACAAGCUGGCCCUGGUUUUCCUGGCUUGUGUCAUCCUCUCCAUCCUGGCCGUGUAUGCUGGAGUCAUCAAGACAGCCGUCGAACCACCAGUCUUCCCCGUGUGUGUCUUGGGAAACCGAACCUUGGUGUGGAAGAACUUCGAUGUUUGUGCCAAAACCAUAGAGACCGCCAAUGCGACGGUCACCACCCAGCUGUGGCGCAUGUUCUGUGACUCACCUUUCCUCAACGCAACCUGUGACAAAUACUUUAUGUCUAACAACGUGACUCAGAUCCAGGGCAUUCCUGGGAUCACCAGCGGAAUCUUGGCAGACAACCUCUUUGGCAACUAUUAUGAGAAGGGGGACCUGAUUGCCAGAGGUUCUAUGGAGUCAGUGGAAGACCAUGACGACCCUCUGACCAGUGCUAACCGCUACGUGUUAGCUGACAUCACCAGCUUCUUCACAUUGCUGGUUGGCAUCUACUUCCCAUCAGUGACAGGAAUCAUGGCGGGAUCCAACCGCUCUGGAGACCUGCGUGAUGCUCAAAAGUCCAUCCCUAUUGGAACCAUUGCAGCCAUCACCACCACCUCCUUAGUCUACAUGUCCAGUGUGAUUCUGUUUGGUGCCUGCAUUGAGGGGGUGGUCCUCAGGGACAAGUUUGGAGAGGGAGUUCAUGGGAAUUUGGUGAUUGGAACGUUGGCUUGGCCAUCGCCGUGGGUGAUCGUGAUUGGUUCUUUCUUCUCUACAUGUGGGGCGGGGCUCCAGAGCCUGACAGGUGCUCCCCGUCUCCUGCAGGCCAUCGCCAAGGACGGCAUCGUGCCCGCCCUUCGAAUCUUUGGCCAUGGAAAGGCCAAUGGAGAGCCAACAUGGUCUCUCCUACUGACAGCCUGCAUCUGUGAAACCGGCAUCCUCAUAGCCUCCCUGGAUUCUGUGGCUCCCAUCCUCUCCAUGUUCUUCCUGAUGUGCUACAUGUUUGUGAAUCUGGCCUGUGCUGUGCAGACGCUGCUGAGGACUCCUAACUGGAGACCACGUUUCAAGUUCUAUCACUGGACUUUGUCCUUCCUGGGGAUGAGCUUGUGCCUCACUCUUAUGUUCCUCUGCUCCUGGUACUACGCCAUUGUUGCUAUGGUGAUUGCCGGCUCCAUCUACAAGUACAUCGAGUUUGCAGGUGCGGAGAAAGAAUGGGGUGAUGGGAUACGAGGUUUGUCUCUGAGUGCGGCGCGUUACGCUCUCAUGCGGCUGGAGGAAGGUCCUCCACACACCAAGAACUGGAGGCCACAGCUGCUGGUGCUGGUUAGCACAGAUGCAGAGCAGAAUGUGGAGCAGCCUCGUCUUCUGUCUCUGACCAACCAGCUGAAGGCUGGAAAAGGUCUCACCAUAGUUGGAACGGCUCUGGAGGGCACCUAUCUGGCAAACCAUGAACAGGCCCAGCGUGCAGAGCAGGCACUACGUAAACUGAUGGAGACUGAGAAAGUAAAGGGCUUCUGUCAGGUGACCGUGUCCUCAAACCUCCGUGACGCCACAUCCCACUUGCUCCAGGCCAGUGGGCUGGGAGGCCUGAAGCAUAACGCUGUACUGGUCUCAUGGCCGCGUAACUGGAAGCAAGGAGACGACCACCAGACCUGGAGGAACUUCAUUGAGUUGGUCAGAGAGACCACCACAGCUCGCCUCGCUCUGCUUGUGCCAAAGAACAUCUCAGCCUACCCGUCUAAUGGCGAGCGCUUCACCGAGGGUCACAUCGAUGUGUGGUGGAUCGUCCAUGAUGGAGGCAUGCUGAUGCUUCUGCCCUUCCUUCUCCGCCAGCACAAGGUCUGGAGGAAGUGCAAGAUGCGCAUCUUCACAGUGGCCCAGAUGGACGACAACAGCAUCCAGAUGAAAAAAGACCUGACCACGUUCCUGUAUCAUCUCCGUAUCGAUGCAAUGGUGGAAGUUGUAGAAAUGCAUGACAGUGACAUCUCAGCCUACACCUACGAGAAGACUCUGGUGAUGGAACAACGGUCGCAGAUGCUGAAGCAGAUCAAUCUGACCAAGAACGAAAGAGAACGAGAGAUCCAGAGCAUCACUGAUUCAUCCCGUGGAUCUAUCCGCCGUAAGAACCCGGCCGCUGUGACCACCCAGCUGAGUGUGACCGAGGACCCGCCUGCAGCCGGCAAAGAGGAGAAGCCUGAAGAGGAGUCAAAGUCGGCCUCUUCCCCUGUGCCCCCCCCUACUCAGGUCCAACUCAUCCACGACAACACCACCCCAGCCACCCCACUGACCCCAGGAGAAGAGGCUCAGAGCCCUGGAGAGCAGAUCCAGAGGACCUGGACUGAGAAGUGUGACGGCGAGCCAGCAAAGCCUCUUGGAGCUGUCACACCAGAGGACAUCAAAGAUAUCUUCAACAUGAAGCCUGAGUGGGAAAACCUGAACCAGUCCAACGUGCGGCGCAUGCACACAGCACUCCGGCUGAAUGAAGUCAUUCUUAAAAAGUCCUCAGAGGCCAAACUAGUCCUACUCAACAUGCCAGGCGCUCCCAGAAACCGGACAGGUGAUGAGAACUACAUGGAGUUCCUCGAGGUUCUCACUGAAGGUCUCAACCGGGUCCUCCUGGUCCGCGGAGGAGGCCGUGAGGUUAUCACCAUUUAUUCCUGAAAGAGCAGCCCCCUCCUCCCAGAUCGACACCCACCCACCCACCCCCAUCCCCCACCCCAUGGUCCUCUUCCUGUGUCAGUUGUAUUCUCCCCUCUUCAUCAAUGCUGCUUCAUUAUCAGGUCAUGUAUAUUUCUGGGAAGCAUUCCUCUCACACCCAACAAACAGCCCAGCUCAGCUUCAGUGGCUCUCCCUCCGCAGCAGAAAAGCCAAACCAAGCCCUUCUCUGUAGUUCAAUAGCCUUUCUCGUUCUAAUUUUCCUUUUCAGUUUCUCUGGAAUCUGCCGUAGUAACGUGGUCAGGAGGAGGUCUGUUAAUGAGCGCGCAGGUUCUUCGCUGAGGUGUGAGAGCACAUGCAUGUGUGUGUCAAUGUUUUACUCAGCAGUGUUUUUUUUUUUUCUAAACACAAAUGUGACCGAUGCAGCUUUCACUGGAUUUGUUUGAGAGCCAGCUGAAAUGAGCUCAGCGUAGGACCGUCACGUUUAGUCCCCUCGUGGUGGUCGGACCGUUCCCGCCGCCUGUUCCCUCUGCUGUGAAUUAUCGUUUGUGACAAAAGACUCUGCAGCCCACAGUCGAGACCUUUGGAAGGAGGAGAGGAUGGAUAUGAACUGUGAACUUCACACGGAUGUGAGACUGAAACUUGGGUGUAACCUGCAGAGUUGUCUCUAAGCAGAUCGCUGCAGCAUGACAUUCUCAACAACUGUGUGUGUGUUUUUGCUCCACUUGUUCUGUUACUGCCAACCCCCAUCCCACUUCACCCCCUCCACACACACUCCUUUCUGCUCAUUUCUUAGUGGCUGGUUGUUUCUGAGGCCAAAGUUAGUGCCAAAAAAGAAGAGACGAGGCUUGAUUAUCGAGAUUGACAUGAAAUUAAACUGUGAAUAGUUUCAUAGCAGAACGCUGCGGUGACAGCGGAGUGGGGAGUCGGUACAACUUCCCCCCUCUCCUGAGGAGACUAUCGUUGCCAGCACCUCUUGACCCUCAUGUGUGUGACUCACUGUAAAUAAUGUACAAGCUCUGGCGCGUUGUUGGUUUGAGUGUAGUAUUUUUGUGAGAAACUAAACAGCUUGUUAGUGGCGACAAAUGGGUCCUUCGCUCAUAAAUCCAAACUCAAACGCUGUUUUUACAAAAAAAAAUAUUUAUUUAAACUAUUUAUUGGCUCCUGUCACUACGGUAAUGAUCAACGUAACAACGGCAAAGGAAAGCACCAUGCACUCUUCAUCACUGUGCGACAAGUGAGUUUGAUGAUUUCAUCAAAUUGAUUUUAAAGAGAAAAAAAAGGCUAAAUGUUAUUUUUUCAUCCAGAGAACAAAUAGUUAUUCAUGUUUAUACACAGAAGUUAUACAUAUUAAUAACAUCCAGUAUUUAUGUCCUUUUGAUUGUCACUCAAAGCUAUAAAUAUAUCUCUAUCAUAGUUUUGCCAAAUUCUCAUCCAUUAAAUGUGCCAUAUCAAAGUAUUUUUCAAAGAGAAACGGUGAAGAAAAUUUUAUUAAUUCUAGUAAGAAGGAGAACAAAGUUACCUGGUGUGAAACUAGAAAAGUGAAGACAUUGAAAGUCACCCUGUAGAUAAAUAAAGACUGCAUGUUCACCAUUUUAUGAACCACCAGGCUGCCAAGGCAUCUGCUCAAACCUUGGCGAGACGUUGAACAUCCAUCAGUUACUUGUUUAUAGGGACCUAUCGAGGAGAAACAAGAGGACAACGGCUUCUGUAGCUACGAAAACUCACUUUGUCCACAAGAAUGAACUCUAUGCAGUAGAUCCUCCAGUCAGGUUUUAUACAUAAAUAAGAAACACUUAGAGAUUGGUGAUGAUUUGAGCCUCACACAUGUCCCUGACUGAAUUGUGGAGAUAUCAUCUUUAAGUUUGAGGGAAAAAAGUGCAUUUUGGAAGGAACGUGCAAUAGUUGAAAUCCGGACUCACAUGUUUGUUAUUUAUUUUUUUACACAUAUAUUUUGUAUAUGUAGAUUUCGUAUGUCUGAUACAAUCCAGAACCAUCUCACUCUGACCAAUGACAGCUGUCACUUUACUUUAAUUAUUCCUGUUUCUUUACUUGAAGAAACAAAUUUUGGUCAUUUGCACUUGUAGUAGAAGUAUAAAUAUAAAUAAAUUCAUAUAUAAAUAUAUAUACAUAGUAUAUACAGUAUAGAAAAGGAAAUAUUAGUUUCUAGAUCUAUUUAAAACCAUAUUUAAUGUUUUCAGUGUUGCUUGAAUGAUCAUUUGUUGUGAAUGCUGCUAGUAUCUAUAGAUUUAUUUGUACUGUACAUAGAGAUGACUGCAUUACAAUGAAAGAUGAAGGGAAAAAGGGUAUAGACUAAUACAUAUCAGUGGUGGCGGUGGUUACCUAACAAGACAAGGCUGUAUACAUUUGGCUUGCUGUGUCUGGACAGGGUUAACUUUCUGUUUUAUUCAAAGAAAAAUAUAUUAACUAAAUACCUUGAUGCAAUAUUACAACUGCGGGCAAAUCACUCACUCUUUUCCCCUUUCUUUUACAAUGCUCUCCUCAUUCUUCCCGUUUUUUAUCCCGCAAUUAGAGAAGGAACUUUAAGGAAACAUGAUUUGAAUUUAUGUGGGCACCAACGUAUUUAAAUAUGGGCGUUUCUAUUUGGAAAAUGUUGCUGCUUGGAAAAACUACCUUUGACAUAUGUGGCACUUAGCAAGAAGCAACUGACAGUUUUCAGAGUUUUUGCUGUGCCAAAUGAUUUUGUUUACUUUUUACCAUGCUGGUCAGGAAGGAGCUGCCCGCUCGCAGCGUGUUUUGCAAAGCAUAGUCAUUUUAGAACUGCACAGCUCACAAGAAUUAAAGGAACACCUUUUUUACUGGGCCUGGCAUGAAAUCAGUUAAACCUGUCUGAUAAUUUCCUGGUUGAUUAAGCAGACGAGGGCAUUGUUAAUCACUUUCAGCUGUAUUGGUGUUCAUGGACUUAACGACAGGUGCACUAAAGUGGCAACAAUUACAAAACCCUCAAAACAGGACUGGUUUAACAUGUAGAGGUCUUUUCAAGUUUCUCCCUCUUGAUCUUUUUCGGCUGGUUUUCCACUCGUGCUAGUUUUGGCUCUCUACCGGCAGUAUGAGGUGAUUCCUUAACCCUACAGAAGUUGCACAGGUUGUCCAACUUCUCCAGGAUGGCAUAUCCACACGUGCAGCAGCAAGAAGGUUUAAUGUGUCUCCCAGCACAAUCUCCAGAACAUGAAGAUUUCAGGAGACUGGUGGUUAUUCUCGGAGAGCUGGACAGGGCCGUAGAAGGUCCACAACCCAUCAGCAGGACCGAUACUUGCUCCUUUGUGCAAGGCGGAACAGGCUGAGCACUGCCCGUGCCCUACAGGAUGACCUCCAGAGGGCCACUGGUGUGAAUGUCUCUACCCAAACAAUCAGCAACAGACUUCAUGAAGAUGGCCUGAGGGCCAAACGUCCUGUAGAAUUGAAACAAUUGAAUGGCCUUCACGAUCCCCUGACUUAAACCCAAUAGAACAUCUGUGGGACAUUAUGUUUCGGUCCAUUGGGCGGCACCAGGUUGCUCCUUAGACUGUACAAGAGCUCAGGGAUGCCCUCACACAGAUCUGGGAGGAAAUGCCACAAGACACCAUCCGUUGUCUCAAUAGGAGCAUGCCCCGACGUUGUCUAGCAUGCACACAAGCUCGUGGGGGCCACACAAGAUACUGAAAAGCAAUUUGAGUUGCAGAAAUUAAGUUAUUUAAAUAAUGGACUAGCCUGCCACAUCUUCAUUUCACUCCGAUUUUAGGGUGUCUACACAAUUGAGCCCUCUGUAGGCUGCAUCCUUUUGUUCCUAAGACGUUGCCCUGUCGUUAUAUCCAACUUCAUAUUGAGAGCUGAUGCAUCUAAUGUUUUUCUUUAAUGUGUUCCUUUAAUUUUUGUGAGCAGUGUAUCUACAGCAUCGCCUGCAUCAUCUGAGCCUUUUAAAUUCAUUCAAAAGAAAAGAUGUUUGAUAUUUAUUGGAGACGUUUGUUGGAAAUGUAUUUCUUUAUUGAAUUAUAAAUGUUUUAUAAUUGCUGUUUGCAUGGUACUAUGUGGCAAUAUUUGUUUUAGUGGUUUCUAUAGUGAUAACUUACAUGUGCAAGUUGCAGCGUGGUGGUGGGGGUGGGGGGCUGGCCAGUCGUUCUCAAAGAGUUAGAUGUUUGAGGAGUUUGGCCACGUGGUCGGCGGCGUGGCCAAACCCUAACAAGUCUUUUGCAAAAAAAAAAUAUAUGAGAAAACAUUUGAGUUCAUUUUACUUGUUAUAUUGAAAACAUUCUCAAGUAGUUUUAUGUCAUGUUAUAGAUUUUGUUUGUGAAUAGAUGAGCCUUAGGAAGGGUCAUUUCACUUUUGUACAUAUUUAUAUAUAAAUAUAUCACUUAAGUCAGAAAAACUGUAACAUACUGGUGUUGUCCUUUGUUGUACACUGUUCUAUCACUGUGGACAAAGUUAUGGAGUUUUGUACCAUCUUUUUUUGUCUAAUCAGUUAUGUUUCAUUUUAAAGGACGUGUCAGUAGUCACUAGGUGAGUUUCCAUCCUUUUUCCCCAGAUGUGUUGAACCAUAAACAUCUUAAAUGUUAAGAUGCCAUCUUAAUGCCCAAAUGUGGCUGAGGGAGCAAAGCACCUCCUGCUCAGUGAUCUCCAUCUACAGUGGGUGCUCCCACAGUGACCCCUGGUGGCUAAAGGGUGUAUGAAAGUUAAAUGCGACUCCUCCUGCUUUUACAAAUCAUUUUAACAUCCAGACUUGCUGAUUGGGAUAUGAUUCUCUUAGACAUUUUAGCACGCAUUACCUUCUUGUUUUAUUUUACCCAAUUUAUUUAGAAGGAAAUAUGUAAUCGUUAACUUCAUUGUGCUCAUCACAGGUGAGUCCUCCCAGAAUUCACCCCACCUCUUCAUCACAUCUGCCCCAACCCCCUGAUCUCCCACAAAAAUCCACAAAAAUCCCUGCCACAAAAAUCCACCCCAGCUCUGUGUUUUAAAUGUGACUGCAGUGUAAUUCUGACAAAUAAUCAAAUAAUAUAAAACUUGCGCUUCCAAUUCUGGUACAGGCUCUGCUUGAACACAAAGGGGGCAGUCAGCUCAGAAAUCAGCACAUCCCGUUCCUCCCCCUCCCUUCCCUUGAACUGAUCCAUGAUUUAUAUCAGAUCAGAUUUGUCACCCGUGCAGCUGUAGCAUGAAGAAAAAAAACUGCCGGUGAUGAUCCCUCAGUCUCCAUCCUUAUCUUAAGGGCUCUGAACACAUCUGUAACCGGGUUGAGGAGGCUGUCCUGGGCUAACAAAUCUUAUCUCUGAUUAUUGCAGAGAAGUCACAGUCUGCAGCUCUGAUUUGGACCACUCAGUGGAUCUUAAAUGUUCCUGAUGUAGGAAUGAAAAAGGAUAAACAUGCUUUCAUUUCAAACUGUCAGUCUCUCUGGAAGUUCAAUGAGAGAAAACUCAAUUGCCCGUCGACGCUGUCCAAGCAGAGCCCUACUCCAGCUUAUGUUGUGUUACUCAGUGCAUGCAUGCAAAACUACCCUGAACAAAGGUGUGCUGAAAACAUAUUGGGUGUUUGUGAUAUACAAGUAUUCUGUUUCUAUCAGUCAGAAACUUUUAUUUCCAGUAUAUUUAUUUUCCUUUUUCAUUAGGACUGGCCUGUUGUUGUAUUCAAGGUUACUAUAGAAGAUUCUAUUUUUGAAUGGUAGAUCUAUCAACGGUCCUCUUAUUGUGUUGGGUUAUCUUCAAACAAUUAUCAAAGUUUAUAUUUCAGUUCAGUCUGAAAUCGUGUGGUCCAGUGAAUUAGAUAGACAAGGAAAAAAAACUGUUUAGUUUCCUCUAAAAAUGUGUAGCAAUGAAUGAAAACUUUAUGUUGGUAAAGAUUCCCAAUGAAUCUUAGAUGUGCCAAAAAAAAACUAUCAUACAGAAUUAGUUUCUUGGACCUGAAGAUUAAGCUCUUUCAGGUCUGAUAUCUUAAACUUGAGUGGUGAACCUUUACAGGAAGGGACUUUAUGUCGUGGAGUAGCACCCAAACUGGAAAAGGAACAGAUACUUGAGUAAAUAUCUUUGAAACAUUUAACUUCUGGCCCUUUUCCUCUGUUGCGUGAAGCGAAGUUAGCAAACAAGAGAUUAAUCUUCAACAUGUGUCUCGAGAUUUUCUUUUAACACUUGUAUCUAAAUUGAUAAGCAGCAUUUUGCUCCAGAGGAUCCUUGUCUGUCCCAAAUUGAUUUAAAUUAACUGGUUUUGUUGAGAAUAUUUUGUAUGACCGCUUUAAAGAGGUAUGUGAACAUGAUCAAUAUAAACCUGUUAAAUUUCACUAAUAUAAAAAUGUUGGUUUCCCCUUAAAGUGUUCAUGACUUUUCCCAGUCCUAUGGUAAAGCUGUAGUGUUUUUCUUUCAGUUCUGUGGGAGUGCGGGUGUGUACACGUGCACUUGUAACUGCUGGGGCAACACAUUCUCACCCAAAACGUCAAAAUAUGACACGUGUGACCAAGCGUCAAUAUAUGACGUUUCGGGACGCCCCAGCGUGUCAGGAGACGACGAUCAGGGACACGCAGAUGACACACCGUACCAGAGCAUCGAUAUCCGACGCCGGUGGUGAGACGGACUUCAGAAUGACUUAACCUUCCCCUCACCCCAAUCCUAACCUUCAGUUCACAGUUACUGACCUUAAGGUUAGGAUGAGGGUGAGGGGAAGGUUAAAUAGUCGAAUAAUGUCCGUGUGACCACGGGCGUCAAACACCGACGCCAGCGGAGCCACGUGUUCCUGAUCGUCGUCUCCUGACGCGCUGGGGUAUCCCGAAUCGUCAUAUAUUGACGCUUUGGGUGUGAGAAUGUGUUGGCUGGGGGCGGGGUGGUUAUGGGCAAGGGUGGGAAGGGGCUACGUGUAAAUAAAUCAAAUACUGUUAGUGUGGAGGUAAUUUUUUUUUCCUGUGUCAGUGUAAGUUAAAUAUUUUAAAAUUUAAAAAAGGACAUGUAUUCUUCUCUAUUGUGAUUCAUGGUACAUUAAAAAGAGGAAAAAAGUAGUUUUAUCCUACGAUUCAAAUGCUUAUCUCUAUGGCUUCUGGCGAUCCCCGUUCCAUUUUAUAGAUUUGUCAGCACAAAAUGCAAUAAACCAAUGUCAUUUUACUACA